GGUAAGAGGCGGUGCAUAGGGGUGUCAGGACAAAAGUUGAAUCUAUUUAGAGGGAGGCCAACAAAGCCCCGAGGUACUUUGGUCUGGUGCUAGUCGACAUGAGGCCGUACGUGCUCCUCGUGGCCCUGCUGCAGUCGCUCCGAUGCUCGGGCGUGCCACUGUACAGCUCAGAGCUGGAGUCCAUGUCACACAGGGGUCUCGGAGCAGCUCUGGUAAAGGUCAACUCUGUGUACGCCGGCAGCCAUCUUUACCGGGUGACACAAGCCUCCGUCACAAGGGUUGUUCCCGUGGGCCUGAACACCGCUGACCUGCUGAUGGUAUUUGGCAUCAAAGAGACAGAGUGCGCGACGGCGUCCGGGAGCGACCCGCAGACAUGUGCCUUCCGACCCGGCUUCUUUGUGCCCACUUUCACCUGCUCCGGUCGGCUGAGGAUGUCGGCCACCUCGGCCCAGGUGCUCUCUCUUAAAUGUGGCCAUGACAGCGACUCCAGCUCCAGCUCCAGCGAGGAGAUAUCCUCGAGAGGGAGACACCAGUUCAACAUCCCCUUUGCAAACAGAGUCCCAGCUCCCUCUGCACCUGCUCCUCCUCCUCCUUCCAUCCAGCCUGCUCACUCCCUGCACAGACAGCCAGUGGACGUGCAGCCAAGAGGAGACACUUUCAGCAACUUCCUGGUGUGAAGGGGGGGUGGACUCACUCUGGAAACAUUUAGGUGCUGACCGGAAAACAAAUUGAAUUAAAAAUGAUUCUUUUGUGUGCAUA